AUGGGAGCAGUUCGACACCGAGGGCGAGCCGCAGCGUUUGGACUGUCUUGUCAGUCAGUCUUCAUGACUAGCUCCACCCCAGAAGAUCCAUACAGAUAUCAAGUAGGCUUUGGGAAUUUCUUCAACUCAGAAGCUGUUCCUGGCGUUAUUCCCGAAUCACAAAACACGCCUCAAGUAUGCAAGUAUGGGCUAUACCCUGAACAGCUUACGAGCACUGGUUUCAUUGCGUCCCGGAACUCAAUGCAACAUGUAUGGUUUUACAGAAUUCUUCCUGGAGUUGUCCAAGGUGCAGCCGCCAAGCUCUCUGGUAACCUAGAUCUUGAGGCAAACUUCUCUACCAACAAUGAUAACGUCGAGUUCCCACCCCACGCCCUCUGCUGGUUACCUUUCAAGUUGCCGUCCCAGAGCGAACGAGUUGAUUUCAUCGAAGGCAUCAAGACAAUAGCGGGCAAUGGGGAUGCGACUAUGAAGGAGGGCCUUGCUAUUCACAUUUAUGCAGCUAACGUUUCCAUGACGAACCGAGCAUUUUGCAGUCACGACGGCGACCUGCUCAUCAUACCUCAGCAGGGAAGACUCGAUAUACAAACAGAACUCGGCAUGUUAAUGGUCCGACCGGGCGAGCUCGUCGUGAUACAAGCCGGUAUCAGAUUCAAAGUCUCCCUGCCAGAUGGUCCUUCGAGAGGAUAUAUUCAGGAAAUAUUUGGCAGCCAUUACGAACUACCAGACAUGGGACCCUUGGGUGCUAACGGCAUGGCGCUUCCGAGAAAUUUUGAGUUCCCGAUUGCCUCUUUCGACGAGGAUAUUUCUGAAUGGGAAGUUGUUGUCAAAUUAGCAGGAAAGUUGUGGUCGUACAAACAGCAACACACACCGUUUGACGUCGUGGCGUGGCACGGGAAUUGUAUUCCAUACAAAUAUGCUUUGGCGAAGUUCAUCAAUACCGCUGUGGUCGAUAGGGACCAAAGUGACCCGUCCGUGUACACAGUUCUGACGGCAAAAUCGAAAAUCCCCGGCGUAGCAAUCACCGAGGUCAUGGCGUUUACUCCGAAAUGGAAUGCCACGACCAACAGCUUCCGGCCUCCUUAUUACCAUCGCAACAUGGCUGCUGAGGUCAUGGGUAUCAUCUACGGGCCGUACGGUGGCAGCAGCCGCGACCUUCGCGCUGGAGGCCUCAGUGUGCAAUCCAGCUACACUGCUCAUGGUGAAACCUACGAGACGUACAAGAAGGCGACGACAGCCGAGCUGAAGCCAGAAAGGGUCGGCGAGGGCGUUCUUGCUUUCAUGUUCCAUAUACCAACACAUAUUGGACUGACAAAGUACGCGCUCGAGCGAAGUGGAGUGCUGCAUCCUCCAUCCCCGGCGCUCUUCAACUCUAUGAGACCACACUUUCUCGAGCAUACCGACGAGGUGAACGCAGACCUGAAGCGGAUGGGCCUCCUGCCAUUGGGGACACCCAGAUCAUGA